AUGGCGACAGAUGGCCAAUGGUCCGAUGGCGUUACCAACGGCAACCAAAACCGCGACCCGGUUGAAGGGAGCAAAGCGACUGACAUGCAAAAUGAGUAUUUGACUCGUUACCAGACCGCUUCCAGCGUGGUCAUCCCCAGAGAAGUCUUCGAGUCAAUGUACCUUUCUCCAUAUACACAGAGACUAGGGCAUCUACGCAGCACGUUUGGAAACCCAACGCCUAUGCCAUUGAUGGGUUUCUUGAUCGCGUCUAUGCCGCUGGGAUGUAACCUGAUGGGCUGGCGAGGUUCCGGUGGUGACGGAGCAGCUAUAAUCGGACUGUUUUUUUUCUUCGGUGGAAUGCUCCAAAUCCUGGGAUGUGUCUUAGAAUGGAUCAUCGGCAACACCUUUCCAUUCGUCGUUUUCGCUUGCUACGGUGCCUUCUGGCUGGCAAUGGGAGUAACACUCCAGCCCGCUUUCAACGCACAAGCCUACUACGCCUCAAAGCCUGGGGGUACUGAACAGUUUUACUCGAGCUUUUCGUUCUUCUGGAUGGUUAUGGCCCUUGUCACCUUCUUCUUCCUCAUUGCUUCCUUCCGAACCAACAUCACAUUCGUUCUGGUCUUUCUCUUCAUCGAUCUCGCUUUUAUCAUGCUGAUGGCCACGUAUUGGUCGGCGGCUGAAGGAAAGACGGCAGUUUCUGGAAAGUGUCAAAAGGCUGCUGGAGCGUUCAUAUUUGUCUUUUGUAUAUUCGGCUGGUAUCUGUUUUUCACAAUGAUGCUCCUCGCUGUGGAUUUUCCGCUCCGGCUUCCAACGGGUGAUUUGAGUACGAAAUUCAAGGGCGCAUCCGAAAGAAAGAAGCCAGAGCCUAAGGCGUAG